GUCAGACAUUUGACCGUUAUAUCAUGUGUUUUAAUCAGGAAUGGGGAUUUAUAUUAUAUUGAGUUAAUUAUGUGGUACUUUCGACACACAACUAAGAAAAAACGAACAAACACGAGAAUUUUGUACCACGCGACUUGCCGUAGCUUGUCAUUAUUACCACAUCCUCCUAUUUUGUUUGUAGCAAACAUUUGGCUAGCUGAGUACGGUAUAGCUACUAUGCUCCUACGCUCGUUGCUCUCAAAUUACAUUUGGAGGUAGGAUAUCUUCUACAAAAACUAUUUUGUAUUUUAAUAUAGUCUGACACGCUGUGUAGAAUAGGGGCCAUCCAUCGACAGAGGUAAACAAAGUAUUAGUGAGCUGCAUAUAGUAGCCAUCUCUUACUCGUGUCGUCGCUUGUUAAUGGAAACAACUCUUAUUUCACAAUGAACUGUCGCUCGGAAGUUCUUGAGGUAACGGUGGAGGCGAGGCAGGUGGAAGAAGCCAUGCUGGCUUUGCUGCACACCAUUUUACUGCACCGCAGCACCGGGAAAUUCCACUACAAAAAGGAGGGCACCUACUCCAUCGGUACAGUGGGCACACUAGAUAUCGACUGCGACUUCAUCGAUUUCACCUUUGUCAGGGUGUCCUCAGAGGAGCUGGACAGGGUGAUCAGGAAAGCUGUGUCUGAAUUCAAGGAUGCUCUGAACAACUCUGGCAGUGAUGGCAUGGGGCAAAUCUCCCUGGAGUUCUACCAGAAGAAGAAGUCUCGCUGGCCCUUUUCUGACGAGUGCAUUCCCUGGGAGGUGUGGAGCAUCAAGGUUAACGUUGUCAACCUCGCCAAUGAGCAGGAGAGACAGAUCUGCAGGGAGAAAGUGGGUGAGAAGCUGGGUGAGAAGGUGAUCAACGUUGUUGAGGUCAUAAAUCGCCACGAAUACUUGCCAAAGAUGCCCACCCAGUCUGAAGUGGACAAUGUUUUUGACACCAGUCUCAAAGAUGUCCAGCCAUACCUUUACAAAAUCACAUACCAGAUCACUGACUCUCUGGGCACCUCUGUAAGCACCACUAUGAGAAGGCUGAUUAAAGACACCCUGGCCCUGUGAGGAAGCUCCAACACAGAGAGGAGAAAGAUAUGGAUGAUUUUAUCCAUAAUUGUAUCUAUAGUCAUGCCUGACUCUAUGCUCAUGAGUAUGGUUUGUCAGCUCUACUCCUGCUACAAUGAAGCAGAGGCAGUGUAAUUCCUUUUCUUAAGUCUCUACUGUGGUUCUGGUAUUGCUUGUACCUCAAGAUUCUUGAUUAUGUAAUGUCUACUUCAAAGAUAUUUUGUUUUUGCAAACAUUUCUUUCCAGAUUAUCUUUAUGUUCCAUCAUCUAGAAAUGCAACUUUAACACAGUAGUGAAUAACAUUAUAUGCCAGUUAAAUCUUUCAAAAAUAUGUUGUUCAUAAUGUAAAAUCUCAUAAUUAUUGUGAAUAAAUGUUUGACAUCAAA